CGCCGCUCCGAAAGACCACCUUCCACCUCUGCCGUCGAUUCACGCAAGGGUCCAAGCUGUCCAAGCUCUGAAGGCCAGGCUGGAUGUUACAAGACAAACCAUCGCACUCCACGCCUGGCAAGCCUCCGCGUAAUUGUCAAUUCUACCCGCAAUUUCUUACCACAACGCCAGACGCCAUGUCUUCCUCUGAAAGAAUAACGGUCUACAAUUUGGCGGACCUUAAAAACCACUCGGACGACGCACUUCCCAACUACCUUAACUCCCUCAAAUUCGCCCAAUCCCACACCCUUACCGACGUCCGCCUAGCACUCGGGUACUCUGCCUUUCUGGUCGCCGGCGCAUGUUUCCUGUGGGACUACAAGCUCGGCUUUGAAAGCACAAAGUACUACACAGCGGCUGCCGUGGUCCUCUACUCGCUUCUCAAUGGUGCUCUGACGCUAUGGAUCUGGCUCAAGGAGGCAGGCACCGUGUACGAGGGCACAUCUCCUUCGGGCGAGAAGAUCAGCAUCGCAACCUCGACAAAGAAGAACGACCCAACCUACAACAUGAAAAUCACCCUUACCCACAAGAAUGGCGAGAAGAAGACACUUGAACUCUCAAAACCCUUUGCCGAGUGGUUCGACUCACAGGGCCGCUUCGUCGUCAUCCCUUUUCAGGAGGUUCUCGCCACAAACAUCCCCAUCAUCGGCAAGCUUGAUCCCAAGCGCGUCAAGUCUGUGUCACAGGCGUAUUCGGCUGACGUUCUCGACGCGCUGUACGCUGAGAGCGCGGCGACAGGCAGCGAGGCAGAGGCGAUUAAGGGUGCGAGCAAGAGACGCAAGGCAUGAUGCCGACAUGUAGAGGGGGGGGGGGUUCUUGUGCAAUGGGCCGAUACCAAUGCUGUUGUAUACACUAUGGAAUAAUCAGGGCCUUCCCUUGUGCGCGUGCUCAAUCCUUCUGGCCAUUAGUGAAACAAUAUAUCUCCUAGCGAGCCUGUAGAAAAGAAAUGUGAGUGGAAAUGAAGUUAUGAUGCAUGUGCAGAGAACCUUGUAUCAUUUGACACGGGCACAACGUUGCAAUUCCAGACACCACUCUCGGGACUAGUUUAAUCUUUA